UUUGGAAUCGAUUUAAAAAUUCAUUGCAAUGUUGUUCAACUUUAGCAGUUAUAAAUAUGCAAGAUCAUUGCACCGAAUUUACUCAAAAGCGCAUCUCACCAUGCCACCUAAAUUGGAAUUAAUUGCCGCAGCAUGCGAAAAUAUGGGCAUUGGAGUAAAUGGCGACUUACCUUGGCGUUUAAAGACGGAAAUGGCGUACUUCACGCGCAUGACGACUAACACAAAGCAUAAAAAUAAAAGAAACAUCGUACUUAUGGGCCGGCGCACGUGGGAGUGCAUCCCCGAAAAGUAUCGACCUCUGAAGGACCGAAUAAAUAUGGUGUUAACUUCGCAAUCGUUGGAUUAUGGAGACGACGCGAUUGUGUGUAAGAGUAUACCUCAUGCACUUGACAUAAUUUCAGGAAUGCAAAAUGAAGUAGAAAGAGUGUGGGUAAUAGGAGGAAGUAGUGUAUACAAGAGUGCCAUGGAAUCUCCUCACUUUGGCCGAUUGUAUUUGACGCGUAUAAAGAAAAAAUUUGAAUGUGAUACGUUCUUUCCUUUUAUUCCAAAUGAUCUGGUGUUAAUCGAAGAUCCGACAGUACCACAAGGUAUACAGGAAGAAAAAGGAAUUGAAUUUGUAUACGAAGUAUAUGAAAGAAGAUAA